AUGAAGGCCGCCCGCAUCGCCCUCCGCAGCGCCGCGCCGCUGGCAGGGGCCAGUGCCGGCAGCAGCACCGGCCGGUUGCCGAAGGAGGUGGAGCAGUUUUCCCGCUUCUCCCCCUCCCCGCUCUCCAUCAAGCAGUUGCUGGACUUCGGCUCGACUAAUGGAUGUGAGAGAACUUCUUUCGCAUUUUUGCGACAAGAACUUCCUGUGAGGUUUGCAAACAUCUUGAAAGAAAUUGAUCUUCUUCCUGAUAAAUUACUAGGCACUCCAUCAGUAAAAUUAGUAAAAAGCUGGUACAUUCAAAGCCUACAGGAGUUGAUUGAAUUCCAUCAGAAAAGCCCAGAUGACCAAAAAGUCUUAUCUGACUUUAUAGAUACUCUAGUUAGAGUGCGAAACAGACAUCAUGAUGUGGUUCCUACAAUGGCUCAAGGAGUAAUUGAAUACAAAGACACUUAUAAAGUAGAUCCUGUCACCAAUCAAAACAUCCAAUAUUUUUUGGAUCGUUUUUACAUGAGCCGUAUUUCCACCCGGAUGCUAAUGAACCAACACACUCUUCUUUUUGAUGAUAAAUCUGGCUCGGGGCACCCAAGGCACAUUGGAAGCAUUGAUCCUUGCUGUGAUGUUGUUGAAGUAGUGAAUGAUGCUUAUGAAAGUGCCAAGUUGUUGUGUGACCAGUAUUACUUGACAUCUCCAGAACUGAAACUUACUCAAGUGAAUGGAAAAGCUCCAGGAGAACCAAUUAGCAUUGUAUAUGUUCCAUCUCAUCUUUUUCACAUGCUUUUUGAGCUCUUUAAGAAUUCAAUGAGAGCAACUGUUGAAUUCCAAGAAAACAGUCCGACCCUUUCUCCGGUUGAAGUGACAGUUGUUCUAGGGAAAGAAGACCUGGCAAUCAAGGUCUCAGACCGAGGAGGUGGUGUUCCAGUGAGGAAAAUUGAGCGGCUCUUUAGCUACAUGUAUUCCACUGCACCAAGGCCAAAUGUGGAUGAUGGUCGAAAUACCCCUCUUGCUGGCUUUGGGUAUGGCUUGCCAAUUUCUCGUCUGUAUGCUAAAUACUUUCAAGGAGAUCUAAAUCUUUACUCCAUAUGCGGUUAUGGAACAGAUGCUAUCAUCUACUUGAAGGCCUUAUCAACAGAAUCAAUAGAAAAACUCCCAGUUUUUAACAAAUCAGCUUCCAAGCACUACCAGGCUACCUCAGAGGCAGAUGACUGGUGUGUCCCAAGUAAAGACCCAAAGAAUAUGGCAAAGCAGAGUGCAGCUUCCUGAAGAGAAGUUGAUACUGAGACAUCCCAGGGGAUCAAGCUGGCCUCAAGAGCAGCAUUUGGAAGUGUUCAUCUACCUUCAAAGCAAGUUUCAGGACUAGCAGAAGAAAAAGAAGACAAGAGUAUCAUAAACCUAGGCUAUAUGCACUGAAUCUGAAACCUUGCUGUGGACUUCAGGAGGGGGAAAAUAGGAGCACAUAUGUCUAUAAAGAGGAGCUGUGUAUAGAGGAAAAUGAAGCUAUUUUUUUACUAUGAUCAAAGACUUGGUGUGGUAGGGGUGUGCAAUUUUAAAAUCCUGUUUAAUGCUUGAAUUCUUAAUAUUGACUGAUAAACGAGUUAUGCUGAUGCA